GGCUCCGCCUGCAGGCGUGAAAUCACCCAGUGUGCCAACACGAGGUGUCUUCCACAGAUGCUGCUUGUUUGGAAAGCAUCUUGGCGCUUGAAUUCCUCGAGACGUUGGCGAGUGGUUGAAAGGACACGGGAAAGCAUCGCUUCAAAACCGAUUCUCACGCACGCCAGGCUAUACCAUGGAAUCCCUGGAUAAAACAAUCAAUAGCUAUCUGGACGUAUGGUUUGGACCCAGAGAUCCCAGAGUAAAAGGAUGGCUUCUCCUGACCAACUACAUGCCUACCUUCGUCUUCUCCAUCUUAUACUUACUAAUUGUGUGGUUAGGACCAAAGUACAUGCGGAACAGACAGCCAUUCUCCUGCAGGGGCAUUCUAGUCAUCUAUAAUCUUGGACUUACGCUGUUGUCCCUCUAUAUGUUCUAUGAGCUGGUGACGGGAGUAUGGGAAGGAGGAUACAGUUUCUUCUGUCAGGACACGCACAGUGGAGGUGAAGCUGAUAUGAAGAUCAUACGUGUCCUCUGGUGGUACUACUUCUCAAAGCUCAUUGAAUUUAUGGAUACAAUCUUCUUUAUAUUGCGAAAAAAUAACCAUCAGAUCACUGUUCUUCAUGUCUACCACCAUGCAACUAUGCUGAACAUCUGGUGGUUUGUUAUGAAUUGGGUGCCUUGUGGCCACUCCUAUUUUGGUGCCACCCUUAACAGCUUUAUUCAUGUCCUCAUGUAUUCCUACUAUGGACUAUCUGCUGUUCCAUCCAUGCGUCCAUAUCUCUGGUGGAAGAAGUAUAUCACUCAGGGACAGCUGAUUCAAUUUGUCCUGACAAUCUUCCAGACAAGCUGUGGGGUUGUUUGGCCCUGUCGGUUUCCAAUGGGAUGGUUGUAUUUCCAAAUAGGCUAUAUGAUCUCCUUAAUUAUUCUUUUCACAAAUUUCUAUAUUCAGACUUACAACAAAAAGGCAACCUCAAGAAGGAAAGAAUACCAGAAUGGUUCCACGGCUGCUGUGAACGGGUACAUAAAUAGCUUUUCUUUCCUUGAGAACAAUGUGAAGCAGAGAAAACAAAGGAAGGAUUGAAGACCAAACUGAGAAACCAUUUGGAUAUUCCGGGCAACUACAACAACAACAACGAAAAAUCAUCUGAUUGUAAGCACAAUAUGUGUUGUGCACUGAUAAUUCUUGACAGCUACUGUAACUAUUCCUGCCUAGAAUAGUGUUGAUUUAUGUAGGACUUAACCAGUGCAAAACAUCCUAGAAACUAUCCAUAGCCUAAAGUUGAUGAUGUUGAUACUACUGGGUGGUCGCAGGCCCAGGUAUAAACUGUGGAAGGGAGUAUUAUUGUAGUAUAUAUCAUAUAUACAUUUAUUUAUGUAUAUAUAUAUAUGUAUAUAUAUAGACACUGCUGUUGCCUUACUAGUCAAUAUGAUAGGUGCUGAACUAUGAUUCACAACUUCAAAAACUGUAACCCAAACUCAUAUUUUUUAACUGUAGAUAAUGCAUGUGAUUGUAAUUUGUACAAUGAAGUUGUUCAGUUAAUUUUUAUUUUUUUUAUUUUAUUUUUCAGUAGUUGAAAACACACAUGCCUUAAAAGUUAAAAUAAAAGCAGGGCCCAAAACUUAAUACUGGUUUGAAAAUGUAUGGAAAUGUUUUAUUCUAGAGAACAUCUCCUCGUGAGACAAUUUAGACUCUCAUACAGGUAGCGAAAUAGCCAAGAGAUAUGUAUCGUUUUGGUUAUGCAAAGCACCUAUGUAUAUAAGGAUAUGUUUUGUACGUGGCAGCCUGGGAAAAGCAAGGGAUUCACUUGCAGAUAUUUCCUGUAUGCUGUUUACCACCAGUGUCAUCCAUAGAUCUUUGGAGGGUUCUCAAGUGUAAAAUGGUUGCUAUAAGAUGCCUCUGGGUUUGCACCUUCCAUGAGUCAACUGAACACAGUAUGUGUGCGAUGCAGUGUUGAGAGUCUGUUACAUACUACCACAAAACUAGGAAUGGUGGACAUGCUGCUGACCGGUUUGUGAUGAAAGACACCGAAAGAGGCCACACAUUCCUGUCAGGAUGAGAGAAGAGGAGGAGGAAGAGGAAGGAGAGAGAUCACAUCCUGCUGCGUAUCUUUCUAGUUUUUAUCUCUGGUCUGCAGAAGUAUUUUGUAAACUCUUGAUUAACAUUUAAUUUGCAUAACUAAUGGAAAGUUAAUUGGCACUUAAAUAAUGUCUAGAGCAGGAUCCUGACUCUCAAAGCCAAGGAGGGAUGGGCAGGCUCCAUGGGGCCAGAGGGCUGGUGUUCUGCCCUCAGGAUUCUCUUAUUAAAGCUCUUGAUGCAGGCUUGAGUGGCAAGGGAGGCAUAAAAAAAGAGACCGGGGCCAUGAAAACAGGCACUUCCUCUCCUCUCCUCCAGCAGCUGUCCUCAACCUGGAGCUUCCAACUAGACUGUCACUCCCAUCACUCUCAGCCAGUCUUGGGUGCCUCUGACAGUCCAGGGUGCAGCCCGAUGCAUUCGGAAGGCACCGAGCUAGGGAAGGGAGACAGGAGAGAGGAAAAUAUGGGUUGACCAGAGUUUCUUACUCCCUUUUUUUCAAUUGUCAUUUCCAGGUUACAGCCUGGAAGUGCUGCUCCGUCCAUUGUUUAAAAUUGCCUGCUAUGUGUGAAAUGAGCCCACAAUGGGGGUCUUCUUUUGGGGCCCCUUCCUCCUAUGGAAAGAAUUGAGUAGGAGUCGCUACUGGCUUUCUCUCCUGUCCCACAGCUGCCCCACCCACCCCCACCCCUUUCACUUUGUCUCGUUUUAAAGAGACAGAGUCUCCCAGGAGAACCCCUCGCUAGCCCAGCUUAAUGUAUCUUGUGUCCUAACUGCAAAGCCGUUUGCUGGGAAUUACCGGAGCGGUGAUGUACCAACUUCCUUAGAAACAAACUCAGUUUGAAAAAGCGAUUUCAGGGUAUUUCUGACAUUUCACAUUUUCAUAGUCAGGUUGGCAUUUCAGUUGUUGUUGCUGUUUCUGUAGCAAACAUUGGGAAGCAUCUCAAGAAUGAAAAGUGGCAUUCCAUGGGCAGAGCGGGACUUCUCUGCUUUCCUCUUCACCAAAAAAAAAAAAGAAAAGAGGGUCCUUGAGAAUGAAUGAAGUAGUACUGAAAGGAGAAGGGAUGCUACAGCUGUAAGGGGAAACUGAGACAUCAGGAACCUCUCCUAGGGCAUAUAAAAACAUCUUCAAUUCACACACACUUUAGUCAAACUGUUGACUUUAAAAAUGUGCCUACUAUGAAAGGUGGAUUUUUUAAUUUUUUUGCAAAAUGUGCAAAUUGAACCAUAGGGAUCCAUGGAGAAAGGUGCAAACAAGUUCAUGAUGAAUGUCUAUUUUCUUUAACGUAUGUUCCUCUCGCCUGUACUUUUUGCCUUGGUAAAGAUUUAUUUAGAAACACUUGUUGAAAUUACUGUUUACUGUAAAAUCAUGCUCCCCACCCCACCCCCGCACUGGCAGUGCCCGUUGUAAAAGCAGGAGUCUGUUAACAGGUAUACUCUGUAAUAUGGUGGAGUUUUAGUCUUUUAACAUGUUGUUCACUGUAAUUUGUGUCAAGCCAUUCUAUUGUUCAAAUGCCCAAGUUUAUAUAUUAACUGUGAUUUGAUAUUUAUAUAAAUAUCUAUUUUACAAUGGUUUUGCACAGCUGAUGUUAGGGAGCUCAUAUGUUUUCCUUUCAACCUUGCAGGUUUUUUAUUUUUUAUUUUUUGCUUCUUUUUUAAAUGACAGGCAGCACCAAUUUACUUGUGUGUGUGUGUAUGUAUGUGUUUCUUUUUUAAAAUGCUCUCCACAUUUGUGUGCUACGUGUCUUGGUUUCUAGGUACAGAUUUGCAGUCUUUACAUAUUUCACACAGCAGCCUUACCAUUCAAAGUAUGCUGUCUAAAUAUGUGUGUGCUAAAAUUUUAAAAAAACAACCCUUUAGCUUGUCUGAAAUAUUUGCAUUGUUAAUGUUUUGUGUUUAAUCAUUAAAUCAUUCUUGAUUACCUGUA